UAUAGUUUAUGGACUGUUUUGAUUUCGGUAAUUACAUCUAGAAAGGUAAAAGCAGUGAUGACAUAUAUAAUAGAGAUAUCUGAAAGCGAAACGAAAGUGAUAUUGGCCUCGUCCAGUGGGGAGGACGCACGAGAGGAGACCUGCGCAUUUAAUUGGAGGCUCUUGCAGCCCAUUGUUGGAUGUUUUUGCUGCUUUGAAGGAAGAGUUAUCACAGAGGUGAGGUGACGGAUACAGUAUCUGCUUUCUUUGAUCUACAUGCCAGAGGAUGUUCAAUGUGAACCUAAUACAAUCAUUAGACUGAAUUAGAUACAGAUCAAACCACUGACCACAAAUAUUGAAGGAAAUGAACACCUCACAUCAUCAUGGACUGCAUCAUUCGUACCGGAAUCACAGCCAGGGAGCUCUGCCAGUGGGAAAGCCUGAUCAGGGUGAGAGAGGAUCAGCCUCUGGAUGCUAUGAGCAGCUGCUCAUCUCCACAGAGGUCUUCCUCACGCUCGGGCUCGUCAGUCUCCUUGAGAACAUUCUGGUGAUUGCUGCUAUUGUCAAGAACAAGAACCUUCAUUCUCCCAUGUAUUUCUUUAUCUGCAGUUUAGCCGUAGCAGACUUGUUGGUCAGUGUCUCCAAUGCUUCAGAAACAGUCGUGAUGGCGCUCAUCACAGGGGGCAACCUGACCAACCGCGAGAGCAUCAUCAAGAACAUGGAUAACGUUUUUGACUCGAUGAUCUGCAGCUCGCUUUUAGCCUCCAUUUGGAGUUUGUUGGCCAUCGCGGUGGACCGGUACAUCACAAUAUUCUACGCCUUGCGCUACCACAACAUCAUGACCCAGCGGAGGGCGGGGACCAUCAUAACCUGCAUCUGGACCUUCUGCACGGUCUCUGGUGUGCUCUUUAUUGUGUACUCGGAGAGCACCACCGUUCUCAUCUGCCUUAUCAGCAUGUUCUUCACCAUGUUGGCUCUCAUGGCCUCGCUCUACGUCCACAUGUUUCUUCUGGCCCGGCUGCACAUGAAGCGCAUUGCUGCCCUCCCUGGCAAUGGCCCUAUCUGGCAGGCAGCAAAUAUGAAGGGGGCCAUCACCAUCACUAUCCUGCUGGGGGUAUUCGUAGUGUGCUGGGCUCCCUUUUUCUUGCACCUCAUCCUCAUGAUCUCCUGCCCCCGGAACCCCUACUGCAUCUGCUUUAUGUCUCACUUCAACAUGUAUCUGAUACUCAUUAUGUGCAACUCAGUCAUAGACCCUCUCAUCUAUGCCUUCAGGAGCCAAGAGAUGAGGAAGACCUUCAAGGAGAUCUGCUGCUGCUGGUAUGGACUGACCUCUCUAUGUGUAUAAGGUUUUCUGUUUGACGUUAAAAUACUGAUUGUGAGAUGUUGGCUUGCAAGAUAGCACAAGACAACAAAUUGCUGAUGCUUAGAAUGCACAGUAGGAGAUCUGAUUACACUGCAUAGCUGUGCACAUUUAUUUAAUGCCCAGAGAAAUGUGAUACUAUGGCCGUGCUGACCAUAAAAACCUCAUUGUGAUAAGCUAAUUUUAAUGACUCAAGGAUUUGGUUCAAAUCUUUUUUUCUUCAUUGACCUACUGUUUUGGUGUUUUCUCAUAUAUACCAGAUUCAUUUAUUUUAUCUGCUGAAUAAGACAUAAAAAGUGCCAAUAUUUAAAGCAUUAUAUGACAGAAAAUGUGUUGUAAUUCAGUGACUCAAGCAUAUGCACAAUAUUUGGCAACUGAGAUUAUGUUCUGUUAGCAGGUUGGUACUGCCUGAGGACCGUUGCAGCUUGAUAAUUGUGUUUCAGACUGCAUGUAUUUUUUAUAUUUUGUAAGUUAAGAUUUAUUUUUUUGCAAUGCCAUCUGAUGCAAUAAAAAAAACAUCAAAA